AUUUCAUAGCUCUCGUGCGAACCCCGACGACGAAAUCAUUCCAUCCAGCCGUCGAAGCCGUGUUCUCGGGGGUUUGGGAUUGUGAUUUUGUAUAAAUCCAUAAGUUAUGUGCCAACAACAUUACAAAACAGAGAUAAUCUGAAACGUUACGAGCUGACUGUAAAGCUGCUCUAAGGAUCUGCCGAGCCCGCAUUAUCUGUGAUAUACAGCUCAGCCUCUCGUCCGUCCUAUAAGGGCUGGGCCAAUCGGGGCUAGGAGGCGAGUCCGCAGCAGCUUCCAGUGGUGAUCUCACCUUGUCCUCUACCAUAGAGGCACUAAACACUGCUACCUGCUUUAUUGACUGCAUCACUACGAACCAUUGUUACUUAGUUUAUAAUUGAAACAAUAUGCUAUCUGUGAACAUAAGUAUAAUGUUAGGUCAAAACUGUAGAAAAUUAUUCUAUUUAUAAUAAUUGUCUGAUGUCUAAUGUUUCUGUAAUAUUAUGUGUUCGACAUCUAAUUAAGGAUAAUUGUUACUCCAAUAUUAAUACUGUUACCGAACCAAUGCAAUGUAAUUACUCCACCUUGAUGUUGGUGGUGAACACAAAUAAUUUUGGUGCUUUUCAAGUUGAGAAGAAUGAAAGUCAUGAAGCUAGUGUAAAAAUGGUAGAUUUAAAUAUUUAUAAUGUAGAAUUUGUUGUUAGUGUCCAACAAAACCAAAUGAUUGGCGAAACGCCUAACUACUGCAUUCCUUUAACGAUUAACGCCAUAACAGUCCAGGGUAUCUCAUACAGUGACCCAUAUUUCAGUAGCUUUAACUUAAACUAUAAGAUGGCGUUCGGAGCGCCGGAGCAUAUGAACAAGUCUGAUUACGCUUUUAAAUCCUCAGUUUGUAUUAUACGAGAUGAGCCUUGCGAUACGCAACUACUAAACGACAAGUCUGCUCAUAAUAUGAUAUCCAAAACGAAAACUCGAAUCAUUACUAAUGAAGACAAGUCUGUGAAGACAUACCAUGACAAUAAUGAAUUGGAAGUUGGUUACGACAAACCCGCCAAUAAAACGGCUUUGCGAAUGUUCGCGAACGGUGAUCUCACCUUCGACGCUAUGUUGGAACUCACGAAAAACGAGGAUCGAAUUAUCAAGGAAAUGAAAACUCAAGAUGUGGACAGUUGGGGCGUUCCCCGACGCCUUCGACUUCGCGGAGGGGGCGAAAGUUCGCUCAACACCGCCACUGGCUGGGGCAGCCCGCCUGCCUCUAACAAUGCUGGGAAUUGGGGCGGUAAUUCCAGUGGCCAAACAAAUAAUGGAACAAACAAUACUCAACAAUGGAAUAACACGGCUCAACGCCCGCCCACUUCUCAAGCAGACAUGAAUAGCAACAAGGGGAAUGGUAAUCAAAUGCCCCCAACUAGUGGCGCGUCUGCACAGAAUUGGCAAAGCUCCCCACCCAACAUGCCAAAUGCUCAGCCUAACAACAAUGGUGCACCAACGAGCAAUGGUACGAACAACGCGGGUAACGGAAACAAUGGCGGUACUAAUCCACCUAAUUCAACUUCAAAUUCGAAUGGUCCUACUUCAGCCAAUGGUAACAAUGGCAACAACGCCAACAGCACUUCCUCUGCUAAGAUUGAGCAACUGAACUCAAUGAGAGAAGCUUUGUUUAGUCAAGAUGGCUGGGGAGGCCAACAUGUGAAUCAAGAUACGAAUUGGGAUGUACCUGGUUCUCCUGAGCCUGGUCCAGGCAAAGUGGAAAAUCAGCCUGCUGGAGGUCCUCCCGCCUGGAAACCGAAUAUUAAUAAUGGAGCAUUCCUUGGUACCGACUUAUGGGAGGCUAACUUACGAAAUGGAGGACAGCCGCCGCCGCAACCCGCUUCAAAAACACCGUGGGGUCAUACACCUACUACAAAUAUUGGCGGUACAUGGGGAGAAGAUGAUGAUGUUGCAGACUCUGCUAAUGUGUGGACCGGACCACCGCCACCACAACAGUGGCCCGCAGGCCCACCGCAACAUGCGCAACAGUGGGGUGUUCCCAAGAAAGAUGAUUGGAAUGCGUGGGGUGAAUCUCAUCGCCCUGUAGAUCCACGUAUUGAUCCUCACCGCUCCAGCGAUCCACGCCAACAAAGCGCAGACCCGCGCCACGACUUGCGCGGAGGAAUAUCUGGCCGCCUUAAUGGAGAUAUGUGGAGCCAACAUCAUCAACACACAGCCGGACCAAACAAGAUGAUGCCCAGUGGCGUCAACCAGUGGGGCGCUCAAGGACCCAAAGAUCCAAUCAAGGGAUCAGGUUGGGAGGAACCAUCGCCCCCGGCUGCACGUCGCGCUCCAGGCGGAUUUGACGAUGGUACCUCAUUGUGGGCACAGCGCGGAAUGGGUGGUAUGGCAGCUCGAGGACCACAAGGUCCGCCUGGCCCCCAGCGCAUGCCGCCGACACCUACUAAGCCCGAUGCCGUAUGGGGCGCUCAUGCCCAACGCAAUGGCUCAUGGGAAGAGCCACAUACGCCAGCGUGGCCUGACCGCGACGCGCCAGCCUGGCCUGAUGCAUCUGGACCAGCUUUGUGGCCUGUGCCUAAGCCUAAGCCAGCUGGACCCGGUACAGCAUGGCCUGAUGACAUUGGUGAAUGGGGUGGACCGAAACCGCAGCAAGGCGGCCCUCUGGGCAAACAGUUGCCUAAGGAAAUGGUGUGGAACAGCAAGCAGUUUAGGUUCCUCGUUGAGAUGGGUUUCAAGAAAGAGGAAGCAGAGGCAGCAUUGCGCAGUCGCGAUAUGAACGCAGAAGAAGCGCUGGAGAUGUUAGCCAGCGCUCGUGGGGACGGUUGGCGGCGUGACGAACACUUCGGUGGCCACCACGGCGGCCCCUUCCAGCCCCCGCCGUCUGUGCCUGCUGUGUCUCCCGCCGUUGUGCAGAAGAUCCUCAACCAGCCGCCGCCGCCUACCCAGCAACACCACCAGUCUUACAACCCCAACAGCGGUACGGGUAAUGGCGGGCAGCCGAGCGCGGCACAACUACGCAUGCUCGUGCAGCAGAUACAAAUGGCGGUGUCUGCCGGGUACCUCAACCAUCAGAUCUUGAACCAGCCUCUGGCUCCUCAAACCCUAGUGCUUCUGAAUCAACUACUGCAACAGAUCAAAGUACUUCAGCAGUUGUUGCAACAGAACUCCCUUGCAAUGACCAAGGGUCACUCAUCUCUCGCGCUGCAGUAUUCUGUACAAAUCACAAAGGCUAAGCAGCAGAUUACGGCUCUACAAAACCAGAUAACGGCCCAGCAAGCUCUGUACAUGAAGCAGCAAGCUGGCAGCUCGGACUUGUUUAAGCAGGGCCAUGACCCUAUCGCCCAAUUGCAGAACAACUUCAGUGACAUGACUAUUCCGAAAGAUACUCAAGGGGGUUACGGCAGCAGCAGCGGUAACCAACAGUCACGCUUGAACCAAUGGAAGCUACCGUCUCUGGAUAAGGAUGGCGAGGGCUCCGAAUUUAGCCGUGCUCCUGGAACUGCCAAGUCUACCACGAGCCCACAGCUCAACCAACUUGGCUUGCAACCAGAUUCGACUUGGGGAGUUGGCCGUGGCUCUGAAGGUUGGGGUGACAGCAGUGCUGAUGUAGCUGAUGGCAAAGAUGCCUGGCCGUCACACCCUGUGCACCAACCUGUAUAUGACUUGGUUCCUGAAUUUGAACCUGGCAAGCCAUGGAAGGGCAACCAAAUGAAAAAUGUAGAAGAUGAUCCGGCGAUGACUCCGGGCUCUGUGGUGCGGUCACCACUGUCGCUGGCGGCUAUCAAGGACUCCGACAUGCUGGGCGGUAAGACGUCCCCGCCUGGCGGCGAGCGCUCGCUGUCGUCGUCCACGUGGAGCUACGCGCCCCCCGGCGGCGCUGGUGCGGGCGCGGGGCUGAAGUCUGACGCGUGGGGUGCCAAGCCGAGGCCUGCGCCCCCCGGCCUCAACAAGGCGUGGCCACAGCACCACAACAACGCGCCCCCGCGCGCGGUGCCCUCCUGGCAGGCCUCCACCUGGUUACUGCUCAAAAACCUCACAGCUCAGAUUGAUGGGUCCACUCUGAAGACACUGUGCGUUCAGCAUGGCCCUCUCCAGAACUUCCACUUGUACUUGAACCAGGGUCUCGCCCUCGCCCGCUACUCGACACGCGAGGAGGCUGCCAAGGCCCAAAUGGCCCUGAACAACUGCGUGCUGAGCAACACGACGAUCUUCGCGGAGUCGCCGGCGGAGUCCGAGGUGCAGCUGAUCCUGCAGCACCUGGGGUCGGGCGGCGGCGGCGCCUGGCGCGGCGGGAACAAGGACGGCUGGGGCGGCUUCGCGGCGCUCUGGCCCGACUCGCACGACCAGCGUGCCACGCCCUCCUCCCUCAACUCCUUCCUGCCGCCUGACCUGCUCGGAGGAGAGUCUAUCUAAGGCGAGAAGGAGAUCUGUACAGAUGCAUUUGUCCGUGUUGAUCAGGUUUCGGUCCUAAUUUCGUUUCGGUCGCGGUCGCUCGGAAAUGUCGCCUCGGUCAUUCCUGAGGUGCAAAUUUUUUAUGGUUAGCGUAAAAUCUUCGAUUUGGAUAGUAUAAAUAGUAUUUAUCGAUCGGCCGGCAAGUCGCUCGAUCGUCGAAGGCGCGAGUUUAGGAUCGAAGCUUUAGGUGUCUAGUUGUAAUUACGCUUUACCGUCCCCCGUACGGGGAUCGACUAAUUUUAUUCGCCUAGUCAGAUCAUGUCGAGCGCGUCACGUGGCGUCGGAGCACGCGGCGCGACGCGGUCGUGGUAGCCAACUGUCCACAUACUAUAUUAUCUUACUGUGUUUUAAGUGUUCAUGUAGAAUAUUUAGUGUAUAUAAGAAUUAUACAUAUACAAUGGCAAAUUAAACUGUAUCGAGGUUUAUAAGGAAGAGUCCGGUCGCGGCGGGCGCGGGCCGCAUCGCGGUGAGACCGCGCGCGGCCCGCUCCUGCAAAUCUACCAAAUAAUCGUAGGUAUCAGAUAGAGUAGUGCGUCGCGGGCUACCUCAGUCACACGUCCCGUGGCCUUAUUUUAUAGCGUAUAUUUAUUUUGUUGUGCUCGAGGGCUGUUGCUGUUUCGCCCGUCGAGCUGCGUUCCGAGUUUCUUUCGUGUUCGUUUUUAUUUUCUCGUUUUAUCUGUACUUGUAUUUUAAUGAUUAUUUAUUCUGUUUUGAAUUCUCACUCGCAUAGAGCCCUCGUUUUCCAGUAGUGAUAUUUUAUUCAGCAAUAAACGUGUAAGUGCAUUUCGCCCACUAACAAAUCUUUUACGAUUAGUUGUAAUUUUAUAAAGGUAACAAAAUUUGAAAAUUAUGAGAUUUGAAGUGCAUUCUUGUAGCGGUAAAUUCCUUUAAGCCGUAUAGUCUGAUGCAAACGAGUAUAUAGUUAUAUGCGUUAGGAGCGAGCGAUGGCAAUCGCCAGCAAGUACAAGGUGGGACGCGCGCUCCCUUGCAAUCCAGUAAUCCUGUGAUGUAAAAUAUCUUGCCUAAUGUAAGGAUAAUCUAUUUUGUUGGAGAGUAUCAUAGCGCGAGUUGCCGGCGGUCGGCCCCCGCCGAAGCGACCGUAUCCCCAAAUUUUUUCCAGUAUUUGUGAUUGAAGUGCCACUUUAUGUUUAAUAUAAUGAAACGAUUAUCUAGAUUAUACGAUUAACGUAAGGGUAACCUAAUAUAAUAAAUUGAAAAUUGUUUUAUCAUUUUAUAUUACACAUACAUUUGUGAGAAAUGUUAUUAAAGUACUAUAAUUGAACAGUAAUUAAAUAUUACACUUUUGUGUAUAGGUAAGAAUAAAGUUCUAACUUAAAUUUAGCCAUAUCAAUAUCUAUUUAAAUAAAAGAUUUGUGGUAUUUUCUAUAGGCUCAAUUUGAACGUUAUUCAAAGUGACAUAUGCUUUAGAUAUUCUGUUAAUAAUAUACUUGUAGCCGUAGGUUUGUCGGUAUUACAUAACUGUAGGUGUAAGUUUACAUUUUAAGUCCUAUCGUAGAGUUCAAUAAGCAUACAACUGAUAUUUAACGGCAACGAUUGCACGUGUAAGUUAAAGUUCGUUAUCAUAAAGUUUAUUUACACUUUUAUUUACUUUUUAAUUUAUUGAUGGUGUGCCACAGAGAUACUCUGCCAAAAUAUAAAAUUACCAAUUAUUACGGGAUUAGAAUAGUAGAGCGCGAGGCAGCAGGCGCAGGCAGGCAGACACGCGGGCCUCGCGCCUCCGAGUCGCUCCGAGUCGAUCCGAGUCGCUCCGAGCCGAUCCGAGUCGCUCCGUCGCGACGACCCACCGCGCCCGGCCGACCGGUCGCCGCGCGCCACCCGACGACUUAUUAUGUAAAUUGUAUCUGUAUUUCGAACAUCUUCCAGUGUUUUUAUGAUAAAACGAUUUUAGACUUAAGUUAGUUGUAAGCGAUUCGCUGUACCUUGUCGAGCCCCGGCUCGCAUACUCUUCACAAAUUAAUUAAUUAAGUUAGGUGAACGCGAUUUGGACGUGUCAGUGCGUUUGAACUCUGUUCGCUUCGGACCUGUAGUAGUCUAGUGUUAAAUGUUUCGAUGUGUGAUGUGUUCAUUUAGAAACAAUGUUAGCAAUUGUCAUUACUACCGUAUUAUCGUACUAUAGGGACCGACGGCAGUUUGCGUUUUCAUCACUGCAUAUUCUUCGUUGCCUUUCGCGGUUUGUAUCAGAUACAGAUUUAGUUUGAACGCGGAGCUGAUAUUUCUUUACGUCCGCUUGUACGGCAGACGUCGCCGGCGUCUGAUCACAAGCGGCUCGUCGAUACGAAGGCACGGUUUAUGCGGCCGAACUAUUUGAUUCGCCUUCCAAGGGGCCAUAAUCGAGAUUGUCACGGAGUUUAAUGUUAGGUGCCAAAGAGUGAUUAUCAAAGAUGUCCGGAACAACUGAUUGCAUUUCUCUGCUUGAUAAAGAUUCUUCCAAAAUUUGAAAUUAUAUUCGCGGUACGGGUUAAUGAUCUGAUGUUCCUAUAACAUUUCGUGUUACGUCUAUGCAACAAUAGUGCACGUAUAAAACAGACAAAUGUCAAUUCUAUGUAUUGUUAAAGCUCAAUUUAAGUGAUGAGGGUGUUUCUUUUACCGAUUGAUAGAAUAAUAAAGAGUCUAGGUAUUAUUUUUAACUGAUAUUGUUCUGUCCAAUUGUACACCAAUAUUCGAUAACGCCUAAAUCUCAGUUGUUUACUCUGGUGCAAAUUUAAAUUUAAUGAUACAGCAAUAAAAUAUGUCAUAUUUAAUUUUUUAUAAAGUUUUUUCCAUUUUAAGGUUUAGACAAGCCGAACAAACGGAGAGUAUAAUAACCAGUGCCCUUUAGAAUACGUCAUCCAUAGAUUAAAGACGAAAGAAGUUUAUGCCUUUAAAAUUUUAGUCAGUUAAAGUUAUCAGUACUUAAUAAAGGAUUAUACAUAUUGUAAAGUGGACGUAUUUUAAAUGUGUAGUGUCGGUAGCAGUAAAUGGUGUUAGGGUAGAGGUCUCGGCAGAGGUGCGCCCCGCGUCCGCGCAUCACAAGGUUGUGAGUAGCGGCCAUCGCGCCGCGCUAACUGAAUCUCCUCUCGGUUCAAUGACUGCAUCAUUAUUUCCUGCACACAAUUAUUGCGCCAUGUGCAAUUUAGUCUGUGUUAUUAUUAUGUUGUUGUGUAUUUAUAUGAUACAUCUAUACUGUAAUAUGUAUAUAUUGUGGAAUUUUAUUCGUAAAAAUUUAAUACGCUUCAUGCUUCUCUUUUAAUAACAUUUUCGUGAUUUGUUUCUGUUAUUUAGAAUAAAUUUACGUACCUACAAGUAAUUAUAAUAACGAUCAUAGAUGUAAAUAUAAGUAAAAUAAUAAAAAAAAUAUAAAAAAACAAAAAAAAGUUAAAAAAAUAUAAAGAAAAGCAAUUAAAAGAAACCAAUGAUUGUGCCUCAAUGAACUGUGGUACGUUACCGUAACCGAUGGCAGGUGUAAUCGUUUCCUUUUCAAAAAUGUAUUAUAAUGAAUUGUGCGCCUAGGCACCGCUCUGUGACUAGCUGUAGACAAUAUAAGGCUGCGAGCAGCGGGGCCCGCGCCCACGCCUUGUGUAAUCAUUAAUGAGCUUAGCUAUGUUUUACUUUUAUUGUAAUAAGUGUUAUUUCAUCAAUCAACAUUUUAUAUAUAUACCUACGUAUAUGUAAAUAUUUUUAUCUAUUUAUUUUUGGUUUUCAUGAAGUUUACCCGAAUUAACGUGUAACCUUAAAUUAGUUGGUUAUUUUUGAGUGAGAUGAUGCGCGUGUCGCGUGUUUCGAACGAUCGCAUCUAUUCCAUAACACUUGAAUGCCAAAGUCGAUGUCUGUAAGCCAUUGGACGACCGCUUGUGUUGUUUACAUUAACUGCGUGGAUCUCUGACAUCACAACAAACUAUUGAUCGUACAAAUAGGAGCCAUUUAUACUGACAGCCGACGCUUAGGUCGCUGUGGUCUCUCCAAGCUGCUCUGGUGUUAUUUUAGCUCAACUAUUCAAGUAGUUUGCUCAUAUUGUUGUUAAUUUUAAUUUUUUAUUAUCUUAAUUGUAAAACUUUCCUAGUGUGGAAUAAAAUUCUAAAGUUAUUUUGUAAUCUCCAAAUUAGCUUUUAAUGUACUGAACCAUAGCUGAUAACUGCAGUGUGUAUGGCGUAGGACUCAUGCCGCCUAAACGACGCGUAGCGCGUUACUUUAUUUUAUAGCUUUCCUUCGCUUGUCACUCUACCGUCCCUGUGGCCUUGUCUUAAACUAUAUGUUUUAUAAAUCGGUAGCUUUAUUAGUUAAGCCUCAAUUCAUAGUGGUAUUCGAAUAGUUAUACAUUGGUGUCACCGAGUUUGAUUGUCGUUUCGUUUGUGUUGCUAACGCCAAGAAAGUCGAUACAAUAGUUGGGAUAUUGAGCAGCGCGGUUCAAGGGCGCCGGGCCGGUGGCGUGACAAUAGUUCGGCUUAUUUCUGGCUCGACAGCAGUCGCUGCAGUAGACUCAUUGUGGCACCACUCGCUCGAUCAACUGUCUAUUCACAUAUAGGGACCAAGUAUCUAUGAUUAUUAUCCAGUUUCAUUUCGCGCUAAAUCAAAUAAUACCUAAAUAAGCUGAACAUUGCACACUAAAAGACAUUCUCAUUUUCCAUUGUUACUAGAUGCGUUUGCCGUCGCGUAUUACUGACGAUGUUACUUAUAUUACGACAUAAUUGAUAGUGAUAGUGCUUACGAUAUUCAGGAGGGCCUUUUAAUUUAAAUAAGGUUAAAGUUUUGCUUGUUGUCUUUAUUUAUAUAUAUUUUUGUACGUUGCGACGUUGACGUCCUAAUACAAUAGAGAACACAUUAGGUGAUAUCUACAAAGAAACUAGUCUUCCUUAUUUACGAGGGAUCGUGUUGAGAUGGCGGGGACGCGUGACGUCGACACAAGAGGCAAUCAUUCCUCUAGUCUUGUUAUGUGGUGCGAAUAAGUGAAUACCAAAUAUAAAAUAACGAAGGCUUUGACGUUAGUGUGUAGAGGUUACGAUAUCGAUAGGUCGGCCCGAGCAGCUUGGACUGUCAAUCUUACAAGGGAAUGGUUGGGUAGUAUUAUUAUAAUGCAUUUAUUUCUCUUUUUUCAUAGUCACUCAAUCAUAUAUUUAAUUGAGCUAAUGCCUAAAAAUUGGAAUAUCAGAGUUUAUUUAGGAUGUUCAUAUUUUACAUUUUAGUGUUUAAAUAUCUAAAAUUUACCUUAAUUAUAGUGAAUGGAUUUUUGUAUUAUUGGAAUAUAUAGCUGUAAGACAUAGGGUGUUCUUGAUAAAACACAAACAACUGAUUAUAAACAAAAUAAUAAAAAAUGUACUGAGUGACUUUACGUGUAAACAGAGGGCCAUUGAUAAAAAUGUUGAACUAAGCUAAAUUCUCUAUGUGGUAAUUUAACUAAAUGUGAUUGCUGAGAAUAUUUUAACUGCUAUUGUGUAUAGAUGUAAUAGAGCAGUAAGUCGGCACGUUUCUGUUGGCGUACAAGUGACGUGCUCACCGGUAGACACAUCGCGGCUCUGCCUUACGUUCGGAUUCUGGAGUAAAGUUGCAUUUGUUGGACGAGCUAACGAGUACUAUGUAGCGUAAUAUAUAUGUAUGUAUGUGUACAAGGCCAACCCCCACCAACAGUUAAUUGAUGCAGUAGACUCGGACUGCUGCUCGCUAACUACACACUGCUUCUCUAGUCUCUCUCGCAUUCAUGUAUCGAGUGAUUAUAAUCGAGCAUAAUUUAACGAUCAUAUCCUAUAUAAAACUAGUUUAUAUUCGUAUUAUUCUUUCAUUAGAUCUCUGUUGUACCUGUGUCAAAUUGUUUAUAUUCAAUGUUCAUUUGUACUAUAAGAGAAGUGUACCGGUCUCGACCACACCGUGCUUGACAUAUACGUAAUCGCGUACUUCGAACGACCAAAAUUCGUGAAUGUUCCACUAAAGUACUAAUAACCUCUCAAUAUUUAGAUAUUUCUAUUGGCGUCAAAAAUCAAUACUCUGCGGUCUUAAAUUAGUCACUUUUGUACCUUGAUUGUACUUGUACUUGAAUAAUAUCCUAUGUAAGUGAGGAACGACUAAUCCAAUUCUGAAAUAUACUUAAUUUAAAUUUUGACAGACUGAUAUCUGUGAUUAAGAAAAUAUUUUUAAUAUUGUCCAGUGAGUCGGAUGAGAAUAUUUAUUUUAUUAGAGGUCUCCUACUGCCAGCGGCACAUGUUAUGUGACGAGACAUAAUAUUUAACUGCUUCGUAUAUUUUUUUACUUUAGUAUCGAAUGUAUCGAGCUGGAAUACAUUUGGAAGACCAUUUUAUGAGUGGACUAGUACCGUUGUCGGUUUAUGUUGUACAAAUCGAACAAGCUUAAUUAGUAAUUAAAAGCCCACCAUGUAAAGAUAUAGUGUACCGAUAUCCCAAUGAAAGUAAGUUAACACUCAGUAUCAUGACAUCACCGCCGCUCCAGGGCGGAGACUGAUCACAACAAUUUAUUUCGAGUACCACCGAUGUCAUCUGAAAUUUGUUUUAAAUAAUUAAUGUUUGAACGUUGCAUAUCGUCUACAUUUCUAAUUCGAAUUAUUUUGUUGUAUUCAUAUCCGUGGUUCCCGUGCUGUGCGUUAAGUUUGGUAAUCGUAAAACCUUAAGUUAUCAUAAUAAUGAAUACUAAAUUGAUUGUCCCUAGUAUUGUAGUGAGUCGCAUCUCUAUAAAGUAUGAACGAUUGGCGUUGUUUUAUAAUAAAAAUAAUAUUUUUCGGUACCACCUUUGAGUUAAAGUACAAUGUAGUAUAUAAAGCAUGUUUCAGCGACGUAUUUCAUUAUAACAAUAUCAAUAUAACUAAUUGAUAAGUUAGCGUAGACUUAGGCUGUCUCGUCUCACGUUACACCAAUAAUAUUAAUAAUUAAUAAUUCUCCUUGGUAUUGUAUUGGAACACUUAAUAAAUAAGCAGAUACUAAAUUAUUUCAUAAUUAUAUCAAUAGGCUAAAUAUAUUCGAAAAAAAAACUAAAAGAUUUUUCUGUGUAAAUCUCUGUGAUGGGAAAAAUUUAUUCUAAAGAUCUAGUAUUAACUGAAAGUGACUCGAGGGUCGUACUAUGAAGCAUUUUCCUUGCGUUUGCAGGAGAUCCAAGUAUAUGUACGCUAAACUCAUAUGUAAGCACAUCUUUGACGAACGCACGGAAUAUUAGUCUAUAUUGCAUUUCAUGCUAGGACCCGAGUUUCAUGGUGACUUUAAAAGUUGAACUUUUCAGUCUUUUCGCGCAAAGGGUUGUGUAUUAUUUUUUAUGUAGUACAAAAUGUGUUCGCAAUUUGAUUGCUGCUGUAGUGUUCCUUAUGUUCUUCAAAUUAUCUUUGUUGGGUAUUUAUUUUGAAACUUUGUAUUCUCAAUGUCUAAAGUAUAAUAUGUAAUAAUAUAAUUAUGAUCGUAAUAAUAAAAAUGAGGCAUGCGUAAGUAAUUUUCACGUAGUAAGUUUAUGAACGGCUGCCUUAAUAGUAAUAUGAAUUUGUAUUGAUCUGUACACCAUCCUCUACGUAUGUUCCGUCGACGAUUCGCUGCGCCGAAUCGUUAGUGUUCCGUCACGUACCAAAUAAUAGCGUAGCGGCUGCCCCGCGGCGAGCUUCCCGCCGUGCCUCUGUCACGCUCGUCCUACACCGAUUACACAUGUUCUAGAUCUAUUUUUGCAAGGGCCGUGUCUUUAGACAUCGCCGUCUCCAUUUACAUAAGGUGUGGACAGUAGCACAGGCGCGAAUGGUCGGCUGCGUCCGAGGCAUCGGCAGCGGUUCUAUGUUCUUAUAUCUGUAUUACCUCAUUCAAUAACCUCACAUAGUAUGUCCUAUCUAUAUCAAUGUAUUUAUCGAUUCUCUGUACUUAUCAAACGCACUGCACUGUUAUUUGGUACACAGUUUUAACAAUUUCUUUAAGUUAAUUAAGGGUUUAUCAUGAAUUUUAUCAGUGUAUCAAAUAGUCGAUAUAUUUUACUGUUAUUUUUCUGAUACUACCUUAAAAGCAAUGUAUAUUAACAAACAAAGCAGGAGAACAAUAAUUAUUAUGUAAGUGUAACAGUUAGUGAAUUUAAGUGUGCUAUUUUCCAUUCCAGAACUCAACGAUAUCAUUGUUCUUGUAAUACUUAUGUUCGGGUUUUAAAAAAUGUUAUUAUUGUAUUUAACUAAACCUUAUGUGAUUGAAAUGCAAUGUUUAGAAGUAUUUUUAUUCUUUAUUUUUUACCAUUAAUUAAUAAUAGUUAGUAGAGAUCUAUUUGAGAGUCUAAUGUAUCAAUUAUUUGUAAAGUUGGCUGUAACUAAUUAGAAGUUACAAUAAGUAGAAAUAUUUUAAUAUAAACAUUUGGAGCAAAUUUUAUGUAGAUGACAAAUAGUUGUUUUGAUCAUUAUGUGAAAUGUUGUCUCGUAUUGUUAGCGCAAUGUGUACGCACAACGGUGAGGCGGGUCGGGCGGCGCGCUCGCGCUCCCAGCCUCGCACUCCGCGCCGCUCACGGGGGCGCCAGCGCGCCGCCCAGCCACCGGAGGACCCUCUACACUCACUGCACAGCACUGCUAGACUAAUUCAGUUAUUGCGUAAGGAUAUUUUUCUUACAUUUCGAUAAGUGUAAUGUUUAUAGAAUAGGCAAUAAAUAAUGUUUAACAAAAAGUCCCUAUUUAAUCGAACUGACGACAGAAACGCAUGUUAUAUUUGUGGCCUCUUUAUGAAGUAAGAUCUAAGUUACAUUUUAAAAGAAAAUUAAUUUUGCUAUGCACAUAAAUGAUACUCAAUUAAUUGCCAAAAAGUAAUAUAUAUUCAUAGUUCAACAAUAUUUCUUUUGGGCAUAUUUACUUUGAAUUUAUGCAAAUUUAGAUUAUGAGUAAGUAGGUUGUAGAUUAUAUGUAGAGUGAACGCAUAUUAUAUUAUUAUAAUAUAUCUAUAUAUAUUAAAGUAAGGUGAAUUUGAGAGGUAUCAAUUUCUUGUAUUGUUCGUAAGUUUAGAUAAUAAAUGGGUUUAGCCAUACUUCGGCUGGUUUGAUAUGUAUGUUAUCUGAUUAAUUGUAAAAAAAAAAUAAAAAAAUCAUUAAAA